AUGCGGAGCACACAGGAGAUGUAUCGAACAGUAUUGCGGUUGAAGGAGAAACGGAAUGAAGAGCGGGAGCGGUCGAGGAAGUUGCGAACACGGUUGCAUGCGGCCCGGCGAGAGGCGUCGAAGUAUCCCAUCUCGGAGCUGGCGCUCCACGGCAUAGAGGAGGAUGCCAAUACUCAUCUCGCUAUGUUCCGAAGGAAAUGUGCGGAGUUGGAGGAGGAGAUAAUUACUGUUGAUGACGAAAUUGCUGAUAUAAAGCGCACGGAGAGAUUUACGUAUCUUGUGGAGCUCCAGGCAGAGCUUGCUGUGUGGCUAAGGGAAUGUGAGAGGUUGAGAAAGGAUCAUGCGCAUGUCCAAGAAGUGCCCUCGAUACGACAGAGGUCCUAUGAGCUCAACGAGUGCAUGACCAAUACCUUCAUGCCGACGCUUCAUGAGCUAGAGGCUUGCUCCGAUCUCCCAGACUCGGCCAGAGUAGCUGAACUCGCCGAGGAGGCUCAGGAGGGACUUGAUGCUGCUAUCAAGCGGAGGGCCGAGGUACAACGCUCCAUCAAGACCGCUUCAGCUGAGCUGAGCCACCGUCGGGAGUGCAAGGUGACUCUGGAGGAGCUCUGGAGUAGGUCUACUGCUCUAGAGCCCAAGACGGUUGCUAUGAAUAGAACGACUCGACGGCUCUUGAAGGAAAAUGGAGACUUUGCUGUUAGUGGUGAGUACUAUGACAUGGUAAUCACCGAUGAGGUUCCUGAUGGGUAUCUUGUUACGAUUCGUCAGAGGUUGGUAGAUCGAGCUGAACAGGAUGAGCAAUGGUGCGGCCUAUUGCGGUUGCUUGGUGGUCUCCCUGAACAGCAUGGUGGAGUGAUCGACUCAGAGAAUCUAGUCGGGGCUGUGGCGAUAGAAGCUCUGCCUACAACGCCUUUGGAUACUAUACACACUUCAGUGCGGCUCACUGACUUACUAUUUCGUAUCGAUCUGGCGGGGAUUGGUGAGGCUCCUGUGGAACCUUGCUGGCGUGAGCCUAGGGUGCGUUGGCGUGCUCGUGGGAUGGAAAAGAAGACAGUGCGACAAGCGAUGUUGACAGCGAGGUCAUCACAGGAGUUAUUCGAGGCGAUUGGUGAGUCGGAAGUCGUUGCUUUCUGGGAGAGUGCUGGUGUGGGAGCGACCAUUCGGGCCUUGGAUUUGAGCUCCCCUGCGUGGCAUCAACUGGGCAAGCGACGAAUCUUGCGCUUAAUGGAGGAGGUGCGGGGAAUGACCAAGCAACAGUGGCAAGCAGAGCUGCCGUAUGUGUUGGACGUUGUUACCUAUGAUCAGUUCGUGGCUUGCAACUUGCUCAGUGGUGAAGAGCUCGAGGAUCUCUUUGUGUUGCUCCUUGCCGUUAGCUCUCCUACUGAUCGAGAGUCCGUCGAUGUGAACUUCCUCUAUGACCUACCAGUCGAGGCAUUUGUCGCUGCACUAAAAAGGGAGGAACCUUCGGGAUCUUGUGCCGAGGACGGAAGCGCCUCUAGCAGGCUCACUGUGACGAGUCAGAAGACCCUGCCUACUUGUGGCGUCGUUGAGGGUGACGGCGGUAUGGAUCUCGCCGACUUAUUCUCAGUAGAUCGAUCGAACCUUGGCAGGGAGGCUGGAGAGGAGGUCUCUCAGGAUCCCUUGGAUUCGGCUGAUCUUGGUGAACUUCGCUCAAGAGAUGGGGGCGGAGACUCGACAACUUAG